GACACCUUACUCUGUAUGCUCAAUAUAAUGUAAUUGUAUGCAUUAAUGAAUUGCUCUCUUGUUGUUGUGAUGGCAGAGAGUUUUGUUGAAGCUGAUAGAGAGGAGGAGGAGGCGCUAUCGCUUCACAAAACAGCCCAUGAAAUGUUCAUUGAUGGGGAUGAACCUCCCCCUCGCUACAUAGUCAAAGAAAGCAUUUUUGGGAGUUUACAUUCAUCUUCUUCUCCUCUUCCAUUGAUUCCCAUUCCAGUUAUUGACAUCGCUCUUCUCUCCUCCCCCCAACAACUCCACAAACUCAGAUCAACUCUCAGCUCUUGGGGUUGCUUUCAGGCAAUAGGGCAUGGUAUUCCAGAUUCAUUCCUUGACAAGGUACGGGAUGUUGCAAAACAAUUCUUUUCACUUCCAGUGGAAGAGAAAAAGAAGUACUCUCGAGCGGAAAAAGAUGGCGAAGGGCAUGGGGGUGACUUAAUAGUCUCACACAAACAAGUUCUCGAUUGGUCAGAUCGCCUCGCUCUUAAAGUACUCCCUGAAGAUCAAAGAAGACUCAAUCUUUGGCCAGAAUCUCCAGCUGAUUUUAGAGAGAUCACACAUGAGUAUUCGUUGAAGGUAAAGUGUGUUCUAGAUAUUCUCUUCAAGGCCAUUGCUAAGUCACUGAACUUGGAAGAAGACAGCUUUUUGAACCAAUUUGGACAGAGAGCACAAUUGAUUGCAAGGUUUAACUUCUACCCACCAUGUCCGAGGCCAGAACAAGUUCUUGGCCUGAAACCUCACUCAGACAAGUCAGGAGUGACGGUGCUGUUGCAAGACAAGGAAGUGGAAGGUCUUCAUGUUCUCAAAGAUGAUCAGUGGUUCAGAGUCCCCAUUGUUCCACAUGCCCUUGUUGUCAAUGUUGGGGAUCAAAUGCAGAUAAUGACUAAUGGAAUAAUCAAGAGCCCAGUGCACCGGGCAGUGACAAACCCAGAAAAGCUGAGGAUAUCUGUGGCAGUGUCAAAUGAGCCAGAGCCAGAGAAGGAGAUUGGACCAGAGGAAGGGUUGAUAGAUGAGAAAAGGCCCAGGUUAUACAGAAAUGUUAAAAACUAUGCUGCUGUCAACUUUGAAUGCUUUCAGAAGGGAGAGGUAGCAAUUGAGACAGUCAAAGUCUAAUUUCCAGUAGAUAAGAUUAAUGAUGGUGAAUAAGACUUGAGCUUUCAGACUAUGUUAGACAAUGCUCUUUCUCUUCUUAAUGUUAAUGAUGGUAUAGAAUGUCAAUGGAAGUUGUUCAUACAUAUCACUUAAAUAA